UAGUUGUCCUAUUUGAGUGUAUCUUGACUGCAUUUAUGGCCAUGGCAACUCUAACCCCAAUGUGUUGCUCAUGUUCAACACCCAGAUUCAGUGGUCAACACCAUCAGCAUGGCUAUCAACUAAAACUAAAACCCUCAGUUUUGAAUUUCAGACCUCAGAAGCAAAAUAGAAGCAUCAGAAUCCGAUCACCCUCUGCCUCCAACCCGAACCAGAAUGAGUCUUCUUCUCCCGGAUUAUACUCUGCCAAGAAAUUCGACCUCACCGCAUCCAACGUCGACCUCGUUCUCGACGAUGUUCGCCCUUACCUCAUCGCCGACGGCGGCAACGUGGACGUGGUGUCGGUGGAAGACGGCGUGGUAUCUCUCCGUCUCGAAGGAGCAUGCGAGAGCUGCCCCAGCUCCACCACCACCAUGACCAUGGGGAUCGAGCGCGUUCUUAAGGAAAAAUUCGGAGACGCUGUUAAGGACAUACGCCAAGUCUACCUUACCGAACCAAGGGAGACAACGGUUGAGGCGGUGAAUAAUCAUCUUGAGAUAUUGAGGCCGGCCAUUAAGAAUUACGGAGGGAGCGUGGAAGUGGUGUCCGUAGAAGGCGGGGAGUGCGAGGUAAAGUAUGUUGGACCUGACUCCAUUGGAUCCGGAAUCAAAGCAACCAUCAAGGAGAAGUUUCCAGAUAUUCUCAAUGUUACCUUCACCACCACCACUUAGCUCUUUCUCUGUAAUUAUUCCUUCAAAAGAUAAACUUCCUCUGCUGCUAAAUGUAUUAGUAGUAGAUUGUCUCCUUUUUUCGCUUGAAUAUUACAUGCAUCAGCUCUGAAUGAAUUUAAGUAUGGAAUUGUUAUUUCCUUUUAGAGCCUAA